AUGAUACAGGGAAAGGUCCAAAAAAGCAAUCCCAUAAGUGUCGAUGAAGGCAAGGUUGAGGAUCAGGUUGAGAACGAACCAUCUGGUGCUGGAGGGCAAAUCGAUGACGGUUCUGAUGAAUUAUCCACAGCAAUACCAGACUACUCGAAAAAGUUGGAGAAAAAGCGUAGAAAGAAGGGGAAACGAACGGAAACUGAGGAUGAAAUAGAAGAAGGCAGCAGCACUCCAAAAGCACCCACACCACCUAUAAGAAUAGGAGGAUAUGAUGCCAAUAUUCGUACUGAUGAUAUCAAAGCGAGUUUGAAAGACGCUCCGAAUGCCAAGUACUACUACCCGCCCAAAGUUAUGUUAGGCACAUGCCGCGAUGUGUAUGCAAGAUACGUCUGCUGCAAUCUGCAACUGAACAAUCUUAUUGAGGAUACGUUCGAAACGGUAAAGAACGUGCAAGGCUACAGCGCAUGUAAUAUCGCACGAAUGGCCAACAUCAUUCAG